AUGGAGGCGUACAAGGAGAUCGUCCUUCUCAAGGCAUUCGCUGGGGCAGGUAUCCCCGGAAUCGUCCAACUUGAGGGCAUGUUGGAGGAGGAAGGUUGGACCUACCUCUUGAUGAAGUGUUACGAUGGCGAUCUCAGCAAAAACGGGAGCCUCAUCAAGGGCGCCGCUGUCGUCCCUUUCUUCCGGGCUCUCCUCCGCACAGUGGAGGCGAUUCACCUGCUGGGAGUCAGCCAUGAGGAUUUAAAGCGUGGCAACAUUCUGCUUCUCAAUGAGGAGGGCCGCGUUCGUCCGGUCCUUGCAGAUUUCGGAUUCUCUCAAUUCCUCCCCGACGGUGGAUAUGCGAAGAGUCAUGGUGGAACUCUGGACUACUCCAGUCCGGAGAAGGUGGCAAACAAGCGAUACGAUGCUUGUGCCAGUGAGGUCUGGUCUUUGGGAAUCAUCCUCAUCAAGCUCUUGCGUUAUCGCCAUCCCUACGUUGUCGGCGACAGCUGUAGCUCGGACGAGUUGAAGGAGAGCAUACUCCAUGGGAAGCCAAAGUGGAAGUUUCGCAAGGAAGACCUUCGUGAUGGUGGCUUCGCCGAACUGGUCCAAGGCAUGCUCAUUCGCGAUCCCAGACUGCGUUGGACGAUCGAGGACGUCCUCUCACAUCCGUCAAUGGAUGAUCCCAACGAGCGGUCAUCGCGAGCUACCCACAUUGGCCCUCGCCUUGGCCUGGAAUGGAAUCUCAAGAAGCCCGUGUCUGAUGGCGUACUCCUUGACAUCUGUUUCCUCGCACAGCAGAACAAGGAGUUCUUCAUUCCGGAAAACCCGAAGAAAAUGGAAUUGGCCCUGUACGAUCGGUACCCGCAUUGGCAGCAGCAAUGGGCGACGAUGCUUUCAAAAUACGAGCGGCAGCGGGAGGUAAAGGAAUGGUUAGACUUGUUCCCCCCAACAAUCGCCGAGCGCACAGCCGAAGCACCCUUCUGCAAUCGGCGUAAGACUGGCCUGCGCGAGAUCCAUCUUACUCCAGUCGCUAUUCCUUCUAAGCUUCCGCGCCAGAUUCCGGUGCACACACCGCCCUACAACCGCAAUGUGUUGUUGCCUGGGCGGCACCCCAAAACUCCCGAGGCAAGGGAACCCCCACGUAACCCCAAGACGGUUACUGUCGGCCGGGGGGUUGGUGCCGCUGUUGGUGUCUCGGUCUCCCGUCUCGUUGGUCCCGCGGGCUUCGGCCACAAGCGUGGCCGUGAUGACAAGGCUACCGAGGGGACGUCCGUACAGGCGACUGUUGAGGGAACGUCGACCAAGGUCGCCCCUCCUAAGGCUGCUCGGCGUCUGGGUCCCCCGGUUAAGAUUAUACCUCUUGGCACAAAGAAGACUGUAGUUGCGACAGGCAAGCGUUCAACCGACUCGGCCGAGCAGAAGCUGCAGGAACUUACGAUUAAGGGGGCUCACCUUCGUAAGAAAGAGACUGUAGCGGAGCGAGUGUAG